AUGAGUGAUAUUAGAGGAUCGGAACGAUUUAUUAAGGCUAUUACUAUUGGAAAUAGUAGUGUUGGAAAAUCAAGUCUUGUACGUCGAUGGUGUGGGGAAGAUAUUUCCUCAUCCUUACCAGCAACAAUUGGCGUGGAUUUUAGAUAUCGAGAAAUAACGUUAGAUGACCGAACGAUUAAAGUAUCUCUCUUUGAUACUGCUGGUUCCGAAAAGUUUGAGUCUUUAACUCAAAGCUAUUACCGAGGGAGCAAAAUAGCCUUCAUUGUCUACGAUGUCACUAAAAAGAAUUCGCUUGAGGCUUGCAACACAUGGUUAAAUUCCCUGUAUAAAGUUGUAGAUAGAGAAGAUGUUGUAGUCGUUUUAAUAGGGAACAAAACAGAUGAUGUAUCACUUCGAAAAGUUACGUAUCAAGAGGGAGAAACAUUCGCCAAAGACCACAACAUUCCGCUGUUUUUUGAAACAUCUUCCCUCUCGAAUAGCAAUACGGAACUGGCGUUCUUUGAAGCUGUUAGAAAAGCCUAUAAUAUCAUGAUUUCCAAACAAUUAUCAUCAAGUAGCACCAUUCAGCUCAGUUCUAAAGUAUUCAUGCAAGAGAGUUUAACCAAAAAAACAUCAUGUGGUUGUUAG